GUUUACCAGCGGGACGGCGCCGGGCGCAGGCGGCGGAUGGAGCGGAGCGGCGAGGGGUCUUGAGAAGCAAUGGCCACAGAAGCCCCUGUGAACAUAGCACCACCUGGACGCAGCGCCGUUGUCAGCACCACAGCUGACAGCUGCAUCUGGCAGCCAAAGUCACUGAACAUGCACAUCAUAAGGCCCAAGUCCGCCAAGGGACGCACACGGCCGAGUCUACAAAAAUCCCAGGACACAGAGGUGGGCUUUCAGCGCAUACCAUCUUCUCCACCUCCAGCCAUUCCCUGUGAGUCACCAAGCAGCCAAAAGCCAGAAGCCUGUGCCCCCAAAUCUCCAAAACAGGGAGCUUCUGAUGAGAUUCCGGAGCUGCUACUACAGCAAGUGCCUCUUGGGGCCUCCUCCUGUCUCAAUAAAUACCCAGUCCUUCCUUCUAUCAACAGAAAGAACCUGGAGGACGGGGCCUUGGAAACAGUAGCCGAACAGGCCAGCUCACUGCAGCUGAGCAGCAUCCGGGCUCUUCACCAAAAGGAGAUCUGCACCUUGAAGACCAAUGAAGCUUCCAGAGCUCAAGUUUGCGCCUUGGAGAAGAAACUCAUGCAAACCAAGAGACAGGGCUCCCCCAGGCCCAGAAGCUUGGAGGAACCAUCAGACCAAGAACCAAGGCUGUUGCUCGCCAUCAGAUCACCAUCAGGCCAAAGGUUUGUACGCCAUUUCCGGCCAACGGAUGAUUUGCAAACCAUCAUUGCUGUAGCUGAACAAAAGAACAAAACCGUCUAUGGGCGCUGCAGCAUUGAAACAAUGGAGGUGCCCAGGAGACGUUUCUCUGACCUCACCAAAUCUCUGCAAGAAUGCAGAAUCCCUCACAAGUCAGUGCUGGGCAUCUCACAGGAAGAAGUGGAGGGAUGGCCCUGAGUCCACCGCCAGCAGCUGGGGUCCUGGGUCUUUGAGCAAGGAGCAUGCUUGGGUGCUGUGGCCCCCCAAGUAGCCUGGUUCCAAGUGCCAUGUGGACCUGGUGCAGCUGGGAUCCUUGGGACUUUUGUCUCCAUAGCAUGCCCUCUCUCCACCUGUGCUGAGUGUGCUAAGAAGCCUCCCAGCUAUUCCAUUCUCUCCACCGCAGGAGAGAAGUUACAAAGGCUGUUCCUGAAACAGCUGU